AUGAAUCCAAUCACAUUUGCGAAUACGACACUAAUAAACUUACUCAACAAUGGUGGAUACGCUAUUAUCAGCGGAGACCGCAAUCCAGCCCUAUCGAUCGAUGAGUUUCAUUUAUCUGAUGGCGCGAUACAAGAACGUCUGGGUAAUUUGUCGAAUGACCUAACAAAUACGUUUUUGUACUCGAGUGUUCUUGGAGUGUAUGAUGGCGCAAGUGAAAAUAGUUUUCUUGUCGUUCUACAUAAUAAAUCACCUGAGCAAGAACGUACAAUUAUAUGUCAAUUAGGCGAAAAAUAUCAUCAAGAUUCUGUUAUCUAUGUGAAACAAGCUUCACCGGUGAUUCAACAAUUAAUUUACACUAGUGGCUCACUCAAUGGCACAUAUGUCGAAGGAGAAGGUUAUAAGAUUUUGUCAUCAAAUGUAACUGACAAUUAUAGUAGCGUUCGGUUAUGCCCAAACGAUAUGUUGACAUUUACGUUGAAUUUCGAUUUCGAACAAAUGAUUACAAGAAACAACAGUCGUACGAAAACACGAGAAGUCAUUGAACACCAUGCACGCAAUCGUAUGUUUAAUCAACAGCGAAAAUCUGCUAAAAUUUUCAAUUGA